UUGCUCGAACCCCCUCCACAGGGGGAGGCCGCGCAGGGCAGUGUCAGAGGCACUCGGAGCUGGGGGACGGGGAGAGCUUCUGGACCUCUUGGGGCCAACUCUGCUGGCAGGAAGGAUCUUGGGUUCCAGGGUUCAGAUAAGUGCCAAGACUGGCCCCGAGUGGCCAAGCCCCCCUCCAGCUCUCACCUCCUGACUUGGGUGGGACUCGGGUAGAAAAGUGGCACUGGGGCCCUCUGUGCUCGUGUAGUGCGUGCCUCUUCUAGAUCCUCUUUUUUGCGGAGGUUGCCUCCCCUCAUUCAGCAGAGGAGGAGGGGAGGAGGGGGCUGGGGUGCCAGGCAUGUGCCUCACUGGAGGUUCCUCACCAAAGAGGUCCCUGCCCCCUUGCCAGCCUCCCUCCCUGUGGUAGUCAGUCCAUCAUCUGACUUUUAGUCAGGGUCUAACACUGCUGGUCCUUCUUCCCUGAGGCUGAGUUGGUUCGGGGCUCACUUCGUUCCAGGGAGAUCCUUGGCUCUGGUGUCUUUUGUCCUGAGGAAGGACCUCUGGCCCCACCAGACAUCAGCUGGGCCCCAUCCUGGACAUGCCAGUCCCCUCCAGCUUCAAUGACGUGAGCCAGGACCAGCAGCUGCGUGGCUUUGUCGGCUGGGUGUGGUACGAGCGGGAGGCGGCCUUGCCCCGGAGGUGGACCCAGGACCUGGACACGAGGGUGGUGCUGAGGAUUGGCAGCGCCCACUACCAUGCCAUGGUGUGGGUGAAUGGGGUCCAUGUGGCAGAGCACGAGGGGGGCCACCUCCCCUUUGAGGCCGACAUCAGCAAGCUGGUCCAGACCGGCCCCCUGUCCUCCUGCCGCAUCACCAUCGCCAUCAACAACACGCUCACCCCCCACACGCUGCCUCCAGGCACCGUCCUCCACAAGAACGACACCUCCAAGUACCCCAAGGGCUACUUUGUCCAGAACACAAACUUUGACUUCUUCAACUACGCGGGACUGCACCGGCCCGUGCUUCUCUACACCACGCCCACCACUUACAUAGAUGACAUCACCAUCACCACCAACGUGGAGCAGGACACUGGCCUGGUGAAUUACCAGAUUUUCGUCCAGGGCAGUGAACAAUUUGAGCUGGAAGUGCUUCUUCUGGAUGAGGAGGGCAAAGUCGUGGCCCAGGGGACAGGGGUCCGGGGCCAGUUGCAGGUGCCCAGUGCCCACCUGUGGUGGCCGUACCUGAUGCACGAGCACCCUGCUUACCUGUACAUGUUGGAGGUGAGGCUGAGGGCACAGACAGCCACUGGGCCCGUGUCUGACUUCUACACGCUCCCCGUGGGGAUCCGCACCGUGGCUGUCACCGAGAGCCAGUUCCUCAUCAAUGGGAAGCCUUUCUAUUUCCACGGGGUCAACAAGCAUGAGGAUGCAGACAUCCGAGGGAAGGGCUUCGACUGGCCCCUGCUGGUGAAGGACUUCAACCUGCUUCUCUGGCUUGGCGCCAAUGCCUUCCGCACCAGCCACUACCCCUAUGCGGAGGAGGUGAUGCAGCUCUGUGACCGCUACGGCAUCGUGGUCAUCGACGAGAGCCCCGGCGUGGGCAUUGUGCUGCUCGAGAGCUACAGCAACGUGUCUCUGCACCACCACCUGGAGGUGAUGGAGGAGCUCGUGCGCCGGGACAAGAACCACCCAGCCGUGGUGAUGUGGUCCGUGGCCAACGAGCCCAGUUCCUACCUGAAACCUGCCGCUUACUAUUUCAAGACUCUGAUUGCCCACACCAAAGCCUUGGACCCCUCCCGGCCCGUGACCUUUGUGACCAACUCCAACUAUGCAGCUGACCUGGGGGCGCCGUAUGUGGACGUGAUCUGUGUGAACAGCUACUACUCCUGGUACCAUGACUACGGACACAUGGAGGUGAUCCAGCUGCAGCUGAACACCCAGUUUGAGACCUGGUACCAGGCCUAUCACAAGCCAAUCAUUCAGAGCGAGUACGGGGCAGAGACAAUCGCUGGCUUCCAUCAGGAUCCACCUCUUAUGUUCAGUGAAGAGUACCAGAAAGAUCUGCUAAAGCAGUAUCAUUGGGUUCUGGAUCAAAAACGCAAAGAAUAUGUGGUUGGAGAGCUUAUCUGGAAUUUUGCCGAUUUUAUGACCGACCAGUCACCACAGAGAGCAAUGGGGAAUAAAAAGGGAAUCUUCACUCGUCAGAGACAACCAAAAAGUGCAGCAUUUCUCUUGCGAGAGAGAUACUGGAAACUUGCCAAUGAAACCAUGUAUCACCUUUCAGCAGUAAAGUCUCAGUGUUUGGGAAAUGGCCCAUUUACUUUUUAAAGCAAGAACUACCUCUGUGCUGCAGAAUCAGAGGUUGCAUCUCUGUCAGUCCCCUCCUUCCUGAGGAAGGGGUGACUCCCAUGGCAAACAGCAAGUGCAUCCUGGACUGUGCAUGGCAGGCCCUAGGAACUUCCUGGUUUGGAUUUUGUGGUAAUCUGUUAGAAGGGAAAGUUGAGAUGAAAAUAAAGCUGUUUCUAGUAUGGGAAUAAGUUGACUUAAAAGUGACCCCCCCGUCAAUUGAAUGAUAUACCUGAUACAGGACAGCACUGCUGGAAAGAAUCUGAGGUCAUUUUUCUUUAUCGGGCUGUUUUCGCAGGCUUACCUGUGCACUGACUUGAGUAACCGCGGCUUCAAUGUCCACACCACAUGCAGCCAAUGCUUAAAAAGUGUGUGCUGUCACAGGGAUGGUCCCUGGGCUGAGUGACUCCCGUGCUCGUUGACCAAACCAGCCCAGCCUUGACCAAGGGAGUGAGAGAAAACCACAUCCACAGCUGCUAGUACACAGGUGUACUAACAAAUUGACAGAAGGGCUAUCACCUAAGGGUAAUUAGUAAGGUUAUGUGGCCAUUUCCACACAGUUAAGGUGACAAGCAUAAGACAGGUCAGAGCUAAAGAAUGUCUGAAUUGGAAAUGAGCUCAGAUGUUACCAGUCCUUCCAGCACAUCGCCCAGCCUCAGUGAAUCGAGGCUUCACAGGCGUAAAAGCCCGUGGGGUCAGUUCAUCACAACCGACUCCAGUGACAAGACGAGCUGUUUCAAAUAGUCAUGCCUACUAACAGGUAUCUGCCUUUGUACUCCCAGAGCGACUCCACCUUCCCUGCUCCCAGAGGAUGGUCUUUCCUUAAGGAAUCCUUGUUCCUCCUCUUCUUCCACAGGCUCCAUUGCAGCAAGUAAGGUACAGUAUUCCUACCAAAACCUUGGGAAACUCAGCGGUCCUGAUAUAAAGCUAAAUGCUUUGGAAGAAUACUUCCAAUAAAAUGGAAGACAAUGAACUAAUAUAGUUCUCAAUACAGGACUUGAUUUACUUCUUUCAUGGUUGAUCCCAUGUCUCAACACACACCCCUUUCUAAGCUCCAUGAAAUAAAGUAAUACUAGGCAUCAUCAGACCACCUUAAAGAAAUGAGGGUGUAGUCAGUUCAAGUAAGUUAGGCAUUCUAGAGAUGCCAUAUUUCUUUUGUCACCACUGAACUUCUGAAAUUCCUUAAAGGAAUCAAGUUUUGUGUUCUAGUUCAGUGUCAAAGAAUAAUAUAUAAAACUCUUCAGUUGAAAAACAUUUUAAAAACAUAAACAUACCAGGUACACAUAAAUGUUUUACAAAUGAGCGGUAAGGUCCAUUUCUUAGGUCCUAAGGUUCUUGCACGGAACACAUUUGUUUUAUUUCAAUCAAGUAUGGUCAAGGCAUAUUUCAAAUGGAUUCAUUUUUCUUGCAGACAGUAGUCUUUUUAGAGGACUAUAAGAGUGGAAUAUUCAAAUUGAGCUAAAGCUGUGAAUUGAAAAGUGGAAAAACAGCUUGUUAAUAUAUUCUGUGUACCUAUAAUAAUAUAUAAUUAUAAUAUAUGAUAGUAAUAAUAUAUUCUGUGUACUGUAAUUAAUAAUACCUUUGGUCAUGGAAUUCCAAGAACUAGCAUCUCUAAGAACUCUGCUUGUAUCUUUUACAAGUUACAUAUACUUUAAGAGAAAAAAAUAAUAAAUCAAUACACUACAGUCACUUAUCAAUAUCAAGAACCAUUUAUCAGGUUCUGCCCGAGUCUAAAAGACUGAGUCCAUUUCCAUUGCUCUUUUGAAGUGUAAAAGUGUGUGUAAGAAUGAUGGCAGCACAAUUUCCACAGGUAACUUCUACAUUUAUUUUAUAACAAAAAGGUUAUGUGCAACAAAUAAACAUUCUUACAUAUUUACAUUUGUUUUUAUUUACUAGUUAGCAAAACUGUGUCCUAAACCUCUGAUAAAGAAUAUUUUUAUCUAUAUUAAAGGAGAAAUCUGCCCAGUGAACUCCAUUUUAAAUGAAUGUUUACUCUGGAGCUUAAAGUACUAGUAAUAAAUAUUUUUGAUGGGACAUACUAUACAGAUCAAACACCCAAUAAUUAGGUCAUGCUUAAUACAGUUUUACGGUAAAAAAAAUUUCACCUUUUCUGGGCUAAUUUGUCCAAAAAAAAAUGCUUAACCAAGUAUCCUGGAACCCCACCCCCCACCCCUUUUGUUGUUUUGAAGGGUCGUUCUCACAAAUCAGGAAUCAUAACUGCUGCCUAAAAUUUCUGUCAGAAUAUUUCAACAGUUCUUGUGCGUUGGGGUAAAAUGCAUGAGGACAGAGGCUACAUAUUAGACAGAUCACCCCAAAUGGGUUACCAAGGAUGACAGUGGGUUUCUCUGUUGGCAUUUAUCAAAUACUGAUUUAGUUGUGAAGUAACUGCUGAAGGUAACUUUGCACUUUUGCUGAUCGUUUUUUGAAAAUAAAUACAAAUGAAAACCAA